AUGGGUUUCUUACUGUUUGGAUACGACCAGGGUGUCAUGUCUGGUAUCAUUAGUGACAAGGCGUUCAACAAUGUUUUUACUGCCACCAAGGACGAUGAUACAAUGCAAGCGUUGGUAACAGCUGUUUAUGAAUUGGGUUGUUUGGCAGGUGCUAUUUUUGCCCUGAUGUUUGGUGACCACACUGGUCGUCGGUGGAUGAUCUUCUCUGGCGCUAUUGUCAUGAUUAUUGGUGUCAUCAUCCAGGUUACCUCGUUUGUUGAUCACAUUCCUCUGCUUCAGUUUUUCAUUGGUCGUGUUAUCACAGGUAUUGGGAACGGCAUGAACACUUCCACCAUUCCCACAUACCAGGCCGAAUGCUCCAAGACCAGUAACCGUGGUCUCCUGAUUUGUAUCGAGGGUGGUGUAAUUGCUAUUGGUACUGCAAUUGCCUACUGGAUUGACUUUGGAGCCCACUAUGGCCCAGAUGACUUGGUGUGGCGUUUCCCCAUUGCUUUCCAGAUCGUCUUCGGUGUUAUCAUUAUUGUUGGAAUGUUUUUCCUUCCCGACUCUCCUCGUUAUUUGAUCUCCAAGGACCGCAUCCAGGAGGGCGAGUACGUGCUCGCUGCCCUUGGUGGUUUUGAGAUUCAUGACCAGGAGACUCAAAUCCAGAAGAACCUGGUCAUCGAUUCGAUCAGAGCUUCCGGUGCUGGAGCUACCACUCGCUACAGGGACCUUCUUACUGGCGGCCGUACUCAGCAUCUGCGUCGUAUGCUUAUCGGUUCUUCUUCUCAAAUCUUCCAACAGCUUUCAGGUUGCAAUGCUGUGAUCUACUACCUUCCCGUCCUUCUGAAGCAGUCCCUGCACCAGAGCAACGAUGAAGCCCUUCUGAUUGGUGGUAUCAAUAUGAUUGUUUAUGCCAUCUUUGCCACCUUCUCGUGGUUCUUUAUCGAGAAGAUCGGUCGUCGCAAGCUGUUCUUGGGUGGUUCUAUUAUCCAGACCAUUGCUAUGGUUAUCACCUUUGCUUGUUUGAUCCCUGAUGACAAGCAGAUAUCUAAGGGUGCUGUGUUCGGUCUGUUCUUGUACAUGGCUGCCUUUGGCGCUGCUUGGCUUCCUCUUCCCUGGUUGUACCCGGCUGAGCUGUCUCCUAUCAAGACUCGUGCCAAGGCCAACGCUGUUUCCACCUGCAGCAACUGGCUCUUCAACUUUACCGUUGUCAUGAUUACUCCCGUCAUGAUUGCUCACAUUGGCUGG